AAGAGCCAGACAAAACUCAAGUUGUUUUGUGUGCACAUACCAGAAAAAGAGGGGUGAGAAUGCUGCAAGCAGACGAGCAAUCAAUGGAUCUUGGGUGCUUAGAUAUGGGAUGCAUAUCUGUAUUAGACAAGCAAAGCAGCGACAGUAUUGUUCUUGAUCCUGUUAACAAGGAAUGUGAUUCGCGGGAGAAGGUUUCUACGGGUUCUAAGCUCGGGAAGAAUAAAUCGCCAAAAGGGACUGGCCAAUCAGCAUUGAAUUCUCUAAGCAAAUUUACAUCCCAGAUUAAGAAGCCUUCUCAUCGUAAGAAUUCUCCUAUCAACUGGUUCCCACGCAAGAAGGGGGACUCCUACUUGCAGAGGAAAAUCAAAAUGCUGCAGGAAUUGGAUGGAAUGAAUAUGACUCUUGAUGAGGCGCUUGGUGAUUCAAACCCACAUUAUUCUAGAGUCUUGAGAGAGAAAAUUGAAGCAAGAGAGGCUGCAAACAAAGCGGUGGAGGCUCGAAAAGCUGCACUGGUGGAAGCAUCUUGGUGUCGGAUACUAAAAGCUGCCAGGAUCCAGAAUAAAGAAGCAGAAGAACUGCUGCUUGAAGCGGAGAAAAAUGCAGCCGAAGCUUUUGAAGCUGCAAAAGCUAUGGAAGUAAUCAUGUUCGAUAUACCAAAUUGUCCUCGGAUGCCUUGUCAAGUUCAAAAAUCUACUGUUAAUGUAGGGGGAUCUACUGCUCAUACGGUCACAGCAUCUUUUGCAACUGUAUUUGAGGUAGAUAAACAAGUAGCUGCAGCGGUCAAAACUGCAUUCACCAAGCUUGCAAACUGUCCUACUUUUAACAAAGAAGAAUUCAAAGAUCUACUGCGAAAAAUCAGUCAGAAUCCAGAUAUGGAUGAUGGUAAUUCUGAAUUUUCAGAGUGUGAAUCAGAGUCUGGGUCAGAAUUUGAACUGAUAUCUAAAGACGUGGAUUGUAAGUUUCCCAGUCCUGGGACAAGAAUCAGUAAAUAUAAGAGAAGACAGUCUUUGGACAAGUUGGAUACGAUCAAGCUUGUGGAUGUGAUGCUUGAGAGGCUGAGAUGUUUGAAUGAAGACGAACUUUCUUCUUUGGCAACUAUCGUUGCUACAUGCGGUUUAAAUGCUGCCUUGGCAGAAGUAGAAAACAGUAAGGUGCAUGAUGCAGUCUUUGCUGCUGAUUAUACAUCUAGUCAAGCACUUAACCUUCCCCGAAGAAUGUCUUCUGUUGGUUCAGGAACAAUGAGAAGGAACGAGUCUCGGUUGGGACUCCCAAGUCUAGACAAGUUCUUGGUCAAGCACAUGUCAAAACUUGAAAGAGAGGUGCAAGAAGCUAAGGAUAGGAGGAGGAAUGAACUCAAAGCUGGGAAUCAAGGGAAUACGGAUAAAACUGGUGACGGAAAGGUCAAUAUAGAUGGUAAGAAGACUUCUUCUAAGAGCAUUCCUGAUCUCGGAAGUAUACUUAUGAAGCAUUCCUCAAAGUUAGAAAAGGAGAUUGCAGAAGCAAAGAAGCAUUCAAGAAAAAGUUUUGAAAUUAUUUCAAAGAAACCGGUCAGUGACUUAACUACAUCCGAGGGCAUUUCUGACCUGGGAAGUAUAUUGAUUAAGCAUCCGUCAAAGCUUGAAAAGGAAGUUCUAGAGAUGAGAAAAAACUCAGGAAAAACAUUUGACAUGGAUGGCAUGGACCUUGGAGGAGCAAUUAAUGGUCAAAGAAAAGAUGUUCCAGAAGUACCAAGCCUGGAUAAGUUUCUGGUAAAACAUGUUUCAAGACUAGAAAAAGAGGUUCAGGAAGCAAAGAACAGAAAGAAAAAUGAAUCAGUUGAGAAAGGCAGACUAGAGAAGGAAAAUAUGGACUUGAAUAAAGAAGAGAAUUUACUGGAAAGAGAGAGAACGCAAGCAUUGUCAUCGGGAAGCAACUGUGGAAAUUACAGGCACCAAAACAAAUAUGGAGGAAAUGUUACUGCAGGUUGUGAGGGCCUGGACAGAGUUCUGGUCAAGCGUGUCUCUAGACUAGAGAAAGAGAAAAUGGCAUCGAGUCUAAACCAAGAAGAGAUGAAUGUGAAAAGAAAUGGCAGAAAAGUGCUUACGCAGACAAAUGAAGGUGAUUUGGACCAAAUUUUGGUUAAACAAAAAUCAAGGCUCGAAAGAGAGAAGAUGGCUUCUGCUCAGCAAUCUGGAGAAGUGCCAGCUAGGCUCUCUGUAUCUCGUAGAGAAGCAAGAGAGAGAGAGUUGCAAGAAGCAUGGGGAGGCUUCAGUUUAGGAAACUCCAUUCGCCCACAUCUCUCCAAACUUGAAAAGGAAAAGGCGGCUUGGAUUAAAGCUGAAGAGGAGGCAAGAAGGCAAGCCACGGAGGAAGUGUAAAUUCUUUCAGCCAUAUCCCAAAUGCUUGCUGGCAGAUUCUCUCUUGAAUCGUAGUACCACAUUGUUGUACUGUGUAGCUUCAUUAUAUUAACAUGAGGAUUCAACUCCGAUUCCUCAUCUUGUUUUUCUUA